CCUAUUUCUAGAUUCCUAUGAGGAACAGUAAUGUCAUAUACGUGGUUCUUAGGAGUGUCACGGUCCACGCUUGACGCCGGCGAGUUUCAGUGCUGGGGCACGAGCAAGACUAUUCCCAGCACGCGGCUCUGCGACGGUACAGGAGAUUGUCCCUUGGUGAUUGACCCGCAUGGAUCUCAGGAAUACGAAAGACCUGACGAAAGCCAGAAGAUCUGUGCCCCGCCCCUCUUGGUCGCCGAGGAUGUUCAUAUGGAAGCGACUACUGAAGGCAAUAACACUGUACGCCUAGCUUGGCAGACUCCUCAGCAGGAUCCUACUGUUCCGCUCCGCGUAGCCGGGUACUAUGUAACCGCCCACUCAGCGGCAUCAAGCUUCUCGCGCACACUUGGAGUGGAAGAUCGUACCACGGUGAUCAGCUCACUGGCGCCCUGGACAAGCUACACCCUGAUUCUGCGUCCAUUCUACACUGAUAAGGGCUCGCCCGAGGAACAUCGCAAGUUCGGUAGGGCGGGCAGCAUUACCGUCGUCACAGGGUCCGUAGGACGCUCAAAUAUCGAAGAAAGCAAUUUCGAGUGCCCCGGCAGUAAUAUCACCAUUACGAGCGAGAGGCUCUGUGAUGGCGACGCCGAUUGCCCUGCGGUGAAAGCGUCGAAGUCACCCGGAAGUCUCCAACCUGCCGAUGAAAGCGAAGCGAUUUGUGUCCCACCCGUUCUGGCGAAACAGAAUCUCGCCGUUCAAGUUUUCGCUGCCGGGGACACAGGUUUGGUGAAAUGGACCAGCGCUCAAGAGAAUGCAAACAGCACGUUGCAGCACGCGGGCUACGUGCUCACACUUAUCUCAAGUUCCGAGACACUCACGCGAGACAUCGACCGGCACGCGACGGCUACCAAGUUGACGGCUCUGGUGCCUGGCAGAGAGUACCGGUUGUUCCUGAGGCCAUUUUACACGACUCAAGGAAAAGCUCAACAUUGGCGUCGUUUCGCAAGACCAGGAACAGUCACCUUCCAGCCCCCUCAAGAGGAUUCUUUCAUCGACGACAGCGACUUCACCUGUCCGGGAACAUCAAAAGUCAUCCCUCACAGAUAUGUGUGCGACGUCGACAAGGAAUGCCCCCAGCCACCUACCGAAAUCACAAGCCCUGACGAAAGCACAAAGAUUUGUGCUCCAUAUAACAUCAAGAGGAGGGACAUUGGCUUGAUGUAUUCGAAUUUAACUAGAAGAUCGAUUACGUUAAGCUGGCAGAAACAGUACGGAGAUUCCAGCAUUCCUCUGGAACUGGCUGGCUAUGUGGUCACUGUCUGGUCGGCCAACGAAAGGCUUCGUCACCUUCUGCCACCAGAAAGAACCAGCAUCAAGUUUGAGAAGCUUCCUCUGCAAACGGUAUUCAGGUUUUUCGUGAGACCAUUCUACACCUCGGAUGGCCGACCUUUGGGGGAGCGAAAGUACCAGAGAGCCACUGCAACGUGGCACGCUGUUGUAUUCGACGAAGACGAGUACCUGGACGACAAGCCUUUCAAAUGCGUUACAGUAAAUAAAGUGAUCAAAAGCAGAUAUCUUUGCGAUACAGACCAGGAUUGUCAAUCCGACAUGGGAAGCUACGACGAGAGUACCGCUUUUUGUGCCCCACGUUCCCUCCUGGUUCACAACCGGCAACUUUACAUGGAAGUUUUUUCAACGACGGCACACUCGGCGUCUGUGCGCUGGCUAGCCGCGGCUGGUGACAGUGAAAUCCCGUACCUGGUGGCCGGGUAUGUGCUCACACUGUGGUCAGACGACUGGACGCGUCGCCACGUAGUUGCCAGCAAUGAAACCAGCGCCGUCCUAACGGGACUGCCAGCCUCGAGAACGUACACGCUCAUCUUGCGACCCUUCUUCUCAGCCGAUGGAAAUGUGCGCGGAACGCUCAAGUACGGUCUCGCCCAGGUCGGCACAUUCACCACAAAAAUUAGCGUGCCGAGCGAACCCAGAGGCCUGACAAUAAACGAGUUGAAGGAGGGUGUUGCAAAGCUCAAGUGGGAGGAACCCAAGAACCCGGCAGGUCCAAUAAGCGGGUAUUCGGUUACGUGGAACUGCAACGGUGUCAAUAAUACGGAAUCUACGAAAGAUUUGAACAUCGUUAUCUCAGGCCUUACAUCCGAGUUCCACGGCUGCACAUUUAGAGUCGGCGCCUAUAACACGCUUACGGAUGGGACAACACUGACCGGAAGAGAGGUGGAGCUUGCUGUACACUAGCUGCGAAGAGCUGCUGAGUUAAAAGUGGAUUCAAAUUUCCAACACGCAGUGCGCCCCCAGUACACGCGUCUUCCCGUCCUAACUCUUGAAAUAUAAAUUUGAAAUUAUGCAAUGAUUCUUCAUAUCUUUCACCAAGGAGCCAGUAAUGUCUCCUUGGUGUCAUAAUGGCACCAGUAAAGGUAAUAGUACCAGUAGCAGUAUUGGUACCAGUAAUGGCCUCACAAACAGCAGUCCUGGCUUGUCAUCACAUACUGAGCGCCGAAAUUAGUUAAACAAUCUUUUAUUUGGUUGUCUCUAAAGCACAUCAUCUAAAGUAAGAUAAUGUAUAAUGCGGUGCUUUGCAAGAAGCCCCGAGUUCCUCGCUAGCCAAAGUUUAUUUGACGUCAGUCAGUGAAGAAAGCUAGCCCUGAAGGCGUCAAAGCGGCAGACAAUAACAGGUGGAGAUAAGGCCACAUAGGUCAACACUGAGUGCCCCCUGAGCCCGCCACCACUCCCUUGUUUAAAGCACAGAAGCCUGGGUAGUGUCACACUUCGGCGAUGAUGAUUGUUAUCAACGCAACCUCGCCAUAUCGUAAUACCAUGACUGUCCCGCCAUCAAUCUCACACUCGCCGCAAGCCCCUUGCCCCGCCUUCUAGGGUGCCUAAACGGCGUGUGAAAAAUGCAAUAAUUUGAACAAUCUUUAGAGCAUACCUGGUACAUAGGCUACAAUAAAUUGGCGAAUAAAGUACUGAAGAACAUUUUUCUAUACCAUAUUUGCAAUAGUAAUGGACAGGGCGCAACAAUAAAUAAUUGCAGAAGCUGG